CCGUUGCACUAUCCCAUGGGCACAGUGCGCACUCAUAUUUACUAUACGUCGCACCGUCACUCGGUUUUGAAGGAGUCUCUGGUUAUAGAACGCAGUGACCACAGGCUUAGUUGGAACAGGAGGAGCACGUGAUGAAAUAAGUCCACUAUAAAUCUCCGCUGAUGCGCGCAAAGAAGUGCAACUCAUUUCUCAACUUUUCCACAACUAGAUGGGGUGAGGGAAUACUCGUGAAAAGUUCUGCUGCGGCAUCAAAGAGUUGGCCAAAUUACGCACGAGUUUAUAUAUUGAGAAUUCCCCUCAAACGCCAGGGCUGACGUGUAUGUAUUUAUUUGAAGAGGAUUCUGAUAUUUCUUUGGAAAACACAAUGGACAGAUUCGUACAUCACUUGAAGAUUGCAAGGGUGAUGUCAAACCCCAGCUUGCAUUGAGUGCAAAAAAGGGCACCGUUGGAAAAGUCAGCAGCACUCUGAUGCGGUGAAGGUGUGUGCGAUCCCGCAGGCUACACGUCUGUACUGCUCAGCUGUAAAUACUAGUUGUCUUUAUUCCGUACGUACGAAACUUAUUGAACGUUGUAUUUUCUCAGAGUACUUUGACAUUGGCGGGCACAUUUCAAGAUCUGUCUGCACCUUUACGCACGCAGCGCACCCGUUUACUCUAAACUGGGAAUACUAGAUUCCUGCGAUACGCGCAGACCGAAUAACGGAUUUUCGCUCCGAGACUGCUGUAUGGAUUUUUCAGGUAGGCCAACAUUUCCAAAUAACUGAAAGCUGAAAGAAAUAAUACUCGUUUUUAUGGAAACUACGCGGUGGCGAAUGUAAACCUUUUUGAAACGUGCUGAUAACGCCUAUUCGCCCCUUUUGUGCGUAUUUUCUAUUGAAGUAUACUUUUUUUGUUAAAGACUCUUAAAAGGGGGCUUCCGAAGAACCCCGUCCGUGAAGAUGAACUUCUCUCUCCUCAGCCUUCUCCUCACUCUGGAUUUAGCCACUGUGGCGCUCACGUUAUCCACGUGCAGCACGCUGGACAUGGAUCAAUUCAUGAAGAAGCGAAUAGAAGCCAUCCGGGGACAGAUCCUGAGCAAACUCAAGCUCACGACCCCCCCGGAGGAUUUCCCAGCGCCGGAGGAGGUUUCCCGCGACAUCGUGGCCAUCUACAACAGCACGAGGGACCUGCUGCAGGAGAAAGCCAACGAGCGCGCCGCGACCUGCGAGCGCCAACGGAGCGAGGAGGAGUACUACGCCAAGGAGGUGCACAAGAUCGACAUGCAGUCCCUGUACCCGACCGAGAAUUCCAUCCCAGCCGCGCACUACAACCCGUACUUCCGGCGGCUGACGUUUGACGUGUCCUCCAUGGAGAAGAACGCCUCCAACCUGGUGAAGGCGGAGCUCCGGGUGUUCCGCCUGCAGAAUCCCAAAGCCCGGGUGUCGGAGCAGCGCAUCGAACUCUACCAGAUCCUGGGUCACAAGGACCUGACGUCCCCCACGCAGCGCUACAUCGACAGCAAGGUGGUGCGCACGCGGACAGAGGGGGAGUGGCUCUCGUUCGACGUGACGGAGGCGGUCAGCGAAUGGCUGAAUCACCGAGACCGGAACAACGGAUUUAAGAUAAGCUUGCACUGUCCUUGCUGCACGUUUGUGGCGUCGAACAACUACAUCAUUCCCAACAAGAGCGAGGAGCUGGAGGCCCGGUUUGCAGGUAUCGACGACAGCUUCAUCCAGGGCGGGGUGCCGAGGCGGCGGCGCCACAGCGCCCACGCGCCCCACCUGCUGCUGAUGCUGCUGCCCUCCUACCGCCUGGAGUCCCAGUCCCAGCCCCAGAACAGGGGCCACCGCGCCAAGCGGGCCCUGGACGCCGCCUACUGCUCCAGGAACGUCCAGGACAACUGCUGCUUGCGGACGCUCUUCAUCGACUUCAAGAGGGACCUCGGCUGGCGGUGGAUCCACGAGCCCAAAGGCUACAACGCUAACUUCUGCGCCGGAGCGUGUCCGUACCUCUGGAGCGCCGACACCCAGCAUUCCAAGGUCCUGGGCCUCUACAACACCAUCAACCCUGAGGCGUCGGCCUCCCCCUGCUGCGUGUCCCAGGACUUGGAGCCCCUCACCAUCCUCUACUACAUUGGCAAGACCCCCAAGAUAGAGCAGCUGUCCAACAUGAUCGUCAAGUCCUGCAAGUGCAGUUAGGAACUGUUGAGGAGUGAUGCCGGCACAACCAUGAUCUGAUUUGUUUUAGUUUAGGACACACCUACAUGCAGACACGCACAUGCACACACACACACACAGAAACACCACACACACACACACACACGCGCACACACACACACACACACACACACACACACACACACACACACACACACACACACACACAC